AUGCAAUCAAAUUUUUCUAUACCACCGCCACCAAUAUCGGUGGAUUCAAUUGUUAUUAAAGAUUCAUCAUCUGAUAAACCAACAACAGCACUUUUACAUUCAUCAAAUAUAAAAGCUCAACAUCAACAUCAUUUAUAUAAUUAUUGGACAUUAAAUGAUCGAUUAAGAUCAAGAAAUGAAAAGUUAGCUAAAAAACAACAAACAUCAUGUCGUUUAGCAUUUUAUUCAUUAUGGUUAUUUUUCAUAGCCGGUGUAAUGAUUAUUAUAGUAUAUCGUUUUACAGAUGAAUGUCCAUUAUCAACAAUUGAUCAACAAUUAUUUAUUUUAAAAUGUUUUAGACAUAUUCUUUUACUUGCUGCUAUAUGUAUUACUUUUAUUGGAUGUUGUGGUAUUAUAUUUGGUGCUUGUCGAUAUUUUCGUUCACAACCAAAACCAUUGUUAAAUAGUAAUGAACAUAAAUUACAUUUAACACAAGAUUAUGAUGUACUACCAAUAAUUAAUACACCACAUAAAUGUUGUUAUCAAACAUCAUCAGUAAAUGGUAUUUCUCGAUUAUCAUCUCCACCAAUAUCCAAUCAUAAUGACGAACAUUCGAGUAAUAAUACUGCAACAUCAUCUGUACAUAAUAUAUCACCACAACGUAAAAUUCCUCCAUUUACAUAUGAAGAAUUACCAUCGACUCAAUCAUUUUCUCCUCCACCAUUAUCUUCAUUGCCAAUAUUAUCAAAUAUUCCUACUAAUUCAAAAUGUCCAGAUUCAAAUCAUCCUAAAAGCGUAUUUUUAACAUCAUCUACAUCAGCUUCAUCAUCAUUACAAUCGAAUCAUUCUACAAAAAUAAUUACUAAUAAUCUUAAUAUAAGAACAUCUUAUAAUAAUAAUAAUAAUGAACGUAACUCAUCAUUAGCAUUUGAAGAUGCUGGUGCAAGUACGCCUACUUCCUAUACAACUUGUGCAUGUGGAGUAGAUGUUUGGGAACGACAGUAA